CAAUCUUGGACUUCCCCUGAAGACCAAAAAAAAAAAAAAAAAAUUCUGAAAAAAAAAAAAACCUCGUUUGCCCUAAAAUCUAAAUCCACCAAACCACAGUACUAUAGUGAAGAGGCCAAAAAAUAAAUAAAUUUGAUGAACAACUGAGAAAUAUUCAGCGAAAAAAAAAUAAAAAAAUAUUCAGCAAAAAAAAAAGAAAUUAAAUCUUGAACAUUAAAUCUAGAAAAAAACGACCAUCAAACAAGAAUCAAGAUCUGAACUUUGUAUACUUAGCUAAUGACCCAAUAGCUUUGAUAUCAGUUUGUGCAAUGGCAAGCUCAUAUAAAGGCAAGUUUUUCUUGUUUACUUUGCUUUUGUUAUUUCAUGAAUCAUGGGUUUUUAGUUCUGAAUCAGUUGUAAUUGAAGAAGAAAACAAGUUGGAGAAUCUUGAGGUUGAAGAGAAAUUUGAACAUGUGGAUGCAUUAGCUGUGUUAAAAAGACACCAAAUUCAAUUAGAAAAGUUAGAGGUGCUUGUUGAAAAUCUUGGUUUGCUUGUAUCUAAGUUAGAAUCAAGAUUAGUGGAUUAUCCUAAAGGUCAAAUCUUGGAAGAUAAGAAGUUUGUUUUGGGUGAGAAGAAGAAGAUUCAAGAUGAGGGUAGUUUAGAGAAUAAGGUAGUAGAUGGGGAGAGAGUGGGAAAAGUGGUAGUUACAAAGUAUAGUCCUAUGUGGUUGGAGAGGUUUCAGUUUAUAUCAGCAGUGAGAUUAGGAUCAGAUGCAACUAGUAUCAAUGUGUUACCAUUUAGGGAUGCUGAAGGACUGAGUAAGUAUGUUGUCAUUGGGGAUGACCGCGGGAAGGUGUAUGCGUUUUCCAGAAAUGGAGAAGUUUUGGUUGAUUUUCAGACGUCGUUGAGUUCACCAAUAACAGCUUUUGUGUCGUACUUGUCCGUUUAUAAGAAUGAGAGUGUGGUUGUUACGGGGCAUGAGAAUGGUGGGAUUUUGAUGCAUAGGAUUUGGGAGGUGGUAAUGCCUGAUGGUGAUGAUAGGGCUGCUCUUCAUAUGGAAACUGUAGGAAAAUUUGCUUCACCAGAUAUUGAGGAAGGUGGGUCUUCGAUUUUAAGUUUGGAGGUGCAUCAUGUUGGGAGAAAUAGGUAUAUCUUGUCGACAGAUAUUGGAGGGAAACUUAGAGUUUUUAGGGAGAAUGGCACUGUUUAUGGGGUGACAACGCCAAAGAGUAGGCCUCUUGCAUUCUUGAAACAAAGGCUUCUAUUUCUAACCGAGACUGGUGCAGGGUCAUUAGACUUGAGGACCAUGAAGAUUAGGGAAUCUGAAUGUGAAGGUUUAAACAAUUCUAUUGCUAAGAGUUAUGUAUUUGAUGCAACUGAACGAUCGAAAGCAUACGGCUUUACCUCUAAUGGUGAUCUGAUUCAUGUGCUCCUAUUAGGUGAUAAUAUGAAUUUCAAGUGCAGGGUUAGAUCCCGAAGGAAGUUAGAGAUGGCUGAGCCUCUAUCCUUUCAGUCAAUUAAAGGAUAUCUGCUUAUUGCUAACCGGGAGAGGGUAUCACUGUAUAACGUGUCAUCGCUGCAUUACGUGAGGUCUGGCGGACCGAGGCUUUUGUUCUCUGCUGGUCAUGAUGAGAUUAUAGCGUCAUUUUUGAACUCUCAAUCUUUGGAACUAAAUGAUGAAAUUAGAAAGGUUAUUCCUUUAGUAGCCAGUGAUCAAGAAAAGCUCGUUGUUCUUGGAUUGGGAAGUGGUUACUUGGGGGUAUAUCGCUCAAACCUUCCAGUUUUCAAAAAUGAGUUCAACACUAUGCUGUGGACGAGUCCUGUUUUAUUUUUCAUCGUUUUCCUUUUAUUUGCAUAUUAUUUUUUUGCCAAGAAAAAGGAAGCUCUUACCUCCUGGGGACCUGAUGAUCCUUUCACUUCUACGAGUGUUACAAGUGGGGCUCCAUUGGGAUCCAGCCAGGGUGAAAGAUCUUAUCCUGAAUCAUCGAGGGGUGACAGACCUUAUCCUGAAUCAUCGAGGAAUGCAGAUAUUAUGGAUCUAAGGGGUAGCAGCCUCAGAGGUACAUCUGGAAGGUAUGUCUCUCCAUCUCGCUAUUCUGGUGGAACGACGGGUGCCUAUAGAUCAAAUUCUGCUGAUACAAAUUCUAGGCCUUCCUCUGUUGAUCCCAACUAUAGAACUACCUCGGAAUUGAAAUUUAGGGGUUCAAAUCUAGAAACACCAGGUUUUCCAAAAAGAAGAGAUAGCUUGUUUGUAAACAGUCAAAUUGUGGAUGAUGGCAAGUAAUCUGCGGUUCACGCCAGGUGCAUGUGUUAAGUCCAGCCCCGUACUGUCAUUUAGACACGUGGGGAAGCUGACAAUUUAUAGCUGGCUGUAAACGGUUACUUUUGGUGAGAGGAAAUAAAAAGAACAUUUUGAGCUUUCA